UGGAGCGCCUCCUCGUCAAUGAGCGUCUGUUGUUCACGCUGCUCGCCUGAGAGCAGGCGCGCCUGUGACAGUGGACCGCAUUGAUUCAUGCCUUAGUGGAGUCUCGUUUCUGCUUUUGGGAAACAAUUAAUGCGACCAGACAAGAGCGCAUGAAGGUGGAGACGAUGAAUGUGGAGGCUCUAAGCCGAGCAGAGCUUCUGACCCUCCUCAGUAUCCUGGAGGGAGAACUGGAGGCUCAGGAUGUAGUCAUACACACCCUCAGAGCGCAACAUCGAGAUGAGUUUGUCCAAGACCGUUAUGGCCAGUAUGACCUCAGCGACCCAUACCUGGCCCUGCAGCGGGACGACGAAGCCUCAGAGCGACAGAACACGCUCCGGCAACCCAACGCACAUCCGCACGGCCGGGCGGUGAGCCCAAACCCUUUAGCUGUCCUAAAACUAGUCAUGACUCACUGCAAGAGGAUGCAGGAGAGGAUGAUGGGACAGCUGGCUGCUGCCGAGAACCGACACAGAAGGAUGAUUGCUGAUCUGGAGGUGGAGAAACAACGGUACGCCCAUGAGUCUGCUCGCCGUGCUGACUAUGUCUUCGUAUUAGAGACAGAAAGAGACAAGAUGCUGCAGGAGCUGGAAGUGGAGCGUGCCACAGUGCAGAGAUUGGAGAAGGAAAAGAUGCAAGUGGUGAGCAAGGUAGAGGAGUCGCUGUCCCAGCAGCAGCAGCUCUCCUCCAGUCUGACGCUGGAGCUCCAGAAGGCUAGCAGCCAAGCUCAGGAGGAGGCCCAGAAGGUCUCGCAACUCCACAUGCUGCUGCAAGAAGAGACCUGCGCACUUGAGAAACUCCAGCAAGUUCUUGAGUACGAGAAGAGCAGGGUGGCCCAGCUUGAGGCCAGGUCGGAGAAACAGGUGGCUGAGUUUGAUGCUGAAAGAGAGCAGAUGAAAGCCAGACUGAAAGCAGAGGAGGAGAAGGGCAGGGAGCUUGAAAAACAAGUGAAAGAACUUAAAAAAAGGUUAGCUGAGCCCCAAGAAUGUAAAACAGAGGUAAAAGAGGCUGUGACUGAGGUAAAGGAGUCACAGGGUAAGAUGGUGUCCAGCUCUGUUCAGACUGAACCAGAUGGAAAGAUCACUCCAAAGUCGGCUACGCUGCCAAAGGUCAAUGGUCUGCAGGCUCAUAAACAGACGGAUCCAUUAGCACAUGAAGGGAAAGGAGCAGAAAAUGGAGUGGAUAAUGGAGGUGGAGCACUUCUGUAUUCCCCUAUUCACCCCUUUCCUCAUCCUCAGUCUCCCUCUAGCACUGCCUCCUCUUCCCUCUCCUCCUCCCCUGUUUCCUCUCCGGUUCUAGCCAAGCGUCUGGGCAGCCCGGGCUUCCUUCAGUCCUAUCAGGCUGGAGUCAACCAACGAUUUCAGGCUGCAAGGCACAAGUUUCAGAGUCAGGCCGAACUGGAUCAGCAGCAGCACGGUGGACCCCUUUCCCCCAGAGACCUCUCCCCAACCACCGCCUCCACUCCUCCUCCACCAGAACACAGCGCGGCGAAGCAGCUGGCCCGCAACACUGUCACUCAGGUGCUGUCCCGCUUUACCAGCCAGCAGGCUGGAGCGAAGUCGCCAACGAUUAACAACUCUCCAUUUGGCACAGACUACCGCAAUCUGGCAGCAUCUCCUACAGGGGGAAGGUCGCCUUCUUCAGGGCCAUUAUCUCCAGUAUUUCGCUCUCCCAUUACUCCUCGUUCAGAGAAGACCCAUCCUCCUCCAAUACCACCUAAAAGGCCCGGCAUGAGUCCAACUCCAGGUUCCCCUAAUCACUCUGCUCGGACCAGCCUCUUUCCAGAACUGACUGGGAACUGUGGGCACAGCAGCAGCGGGCAGGAGGCAUCCAAGGAAUCAGACUUGGUCUUAUCCUAGGGUCCAAUGUCCACUUCUUAGAAACUGUUGAAAAAAUCUGCUCCUAUAGUUUCUGAUGUUAACUAUCCCUCUUAAACUCUAAAUUAGCAUUCCUGUCACUGUAAAGGUAAAAUGCCUUGUAAAAGCAUUCAUACCAUCCAAUCUUUUUUCACAUUUU